AUGAAAUUGCAAUUAGUUCUUCUUGGAAUCGCCCUGUUGGCUGUUCUGGUAAUUUGUGAGCCAGAGGCAUUUGCAGACCCAGAGGCAGAGCCAGAGGCCUUGGCUGACCCAUUCGGUCUGUUUGGCAACAAUGGUGAUUCCGGAAAACUAUCAAGCUCUUCAAACAAAGUUAUCGUUCGUCGAUGCCGUUGCCGUCGUCGCAAGAUUCCAGCUUGCACAAAUUCAAAAAAACAAAGUUGUCCUAAUGUAUGCGGCGGUGGCGGCGGAAGUCACGGUGGAAGUCACGGUGGAAGUCACGGUGGAAGUGGCAACUCAGGCGGCAACUCAGGUGGUCAUAACGGAAAUUCAGGUAACCACGGUGGCAACAAUGGCGGUAAUAAUGGUAACAAUGGCGGCAACAACGGUAACAAUGGCGGUAAUAACGGUAACAAUGGCGGCAACAACGGUAACAAUGGCGGUAAUAACGGUAACAAUGGCGGCAACAACGGUAACAAUGGCGGUAACAACGGUAAUGGAGGCAGUGCCACAUCGUCGACGUCAUCGACAGCAAGCACAAGCAGGUCGACCUCUUCUACAUCAUCCACUGCUCCAACUAGUAGUACCUAA